UUCUACCAUUCGUCCUGGACUCAUAUCUGUUGUCCUGUGUGGAGUGGACUUCAAAGGGAUUCAAUGGCUAAUGAUGUCCAGGUUGUUCCUCUCCCUGACAGAGAGAGUUUAAUCCGGUUAGCUGUGCUUUCUCAUGAAUAAUCCUUCUAUUUACCCACCUGUCUGUCCGUCCUUGAGCCCCGCAGCCGCUCUCUGGAAUGACGGUCGCCUGCUGAACGCUACAGCAGCAUGUUUAGCUGGGUGGUAAAAGUUGUUCCUCAGCCCCCAGCACCUCCGGGGAAACUGGGAGAUGAGGCAAGUCCGAGCGCAACAGACACAGAUGUAGGCAAAAAACAGCAAGUUAAAGAACCUGACCCAGCCAAGCCCAAGGAGGCCUCAGAGGAGAACAGCUCUCAGAGUGGAGUUUUAAGUUGGCUUUCUCAUGGGUUCAGCACUGCCCUCCCUCAGCCUGUAAACACCUCUAAAUUGGUUAACACCGAAGCUAAGCAAGAGGACAAUGCAGCGAGCAACAGCACAACUGGGAUGAUCGGCUGGAUUGUGCAGGGACUGGGAAAAGUGGUUCCACAGCCAGAUGAAAAAUGCAAAGGCCACACCGAGCCACAGGAGAUUACUGAGGCUGCAGCUGCUCCAGCAGUUAAAGUGGAUCCACCUGUGUAUGAGGUUAAAGACCUGCAUGAUACUGAGCCCCUUCCUCAUAUCCCUGUGGUGGAAAUAGUGUCUGAUGAGGAGCCAGACACAGCAAACACAUCCUUCUCUCCCGGUGUGAUGGAAUGGAUCAAACAGGGUCUUGAGAAGGUAGUUCCUCAGUCUCCGGUUCACCUUCAGGCUCCCUCCAGUUCAGACGCUAAGGUCCUGAAGGCUGUUUCUGCUCCUGUGACACCCUGCAGACAAGCGCCGACAUCUGCUCCUAUAUCCACACCUGCGCCUGCACCUGCAACUCUUGAACCACCCAAAGUAGUUGAAGACUCUAAAAGCGUGAGCAAAGAAAAGGAGAUGAAUAUGGUUGACUGGAUUGUACAGGGAAUUGGACGCAUAAUGCCACAGCCGGUACUGCCACCAAAAGAGGAGAGCCCUGAUUAUGUUCAAAACAUAUGUAUCCUGCAGGACACUUGUGAUAUGAUGCUGGAGGAGGUGGACUCAGACUGGGAGACUCAGCAGAAGGAGCAAAGUUCUGGACAGGACGUCCAGGCUGAAGAGCAGGUGCAUCAGGAGAGCACAGCCCUUCUGCAGGUGUUGCCCAACAUCGUACCACAGGUGCUGGCCAUGCAGCAGCAAGAUGAUGCUGAGACCCAGACAGAGCGCUGGACGCCUCUUAUUGAGAGCAUCAGGAAAGAAGCAGAGGAGACUGCUAUUGCAAACUUACAGGAGAGACUCCAGCAGGAACGUGUGGAGGCAGCUCGUAUGGCGGAGGAUCUGGCCCGACAUGCUGCAGAGUUGGCUGUCAGACAGCUGGAAGAAGAGCACACCAUACAGAUCAUCUCAGAGCCCAAAGAUGAAGAACAAGACAAUGAGAAUCAGUGCAAUGUGGACGUCUGUCCGGCAGAGCCCUCACCACAUCAAUCUGAAGCUUCAGAUCAGAUGACCCAUAGUCCACAACCACCCAAACCAUUAAAGACAGAAACAGCGUCUCCACCUGUGACCACACAACCUGAGCGUGUCACAUCUUCACCACUUGACAGGGACAAGGAUCAGGAAACUCUUGAAGAAAGCUGUGGAGAAUCCACCCAUGUAAAUCCAGCACUGAAAGUGGAGGACGUAGAGGAUGGAGAGAUGAUGGUUCCUCAAAUCAUUGUGGCCCCAGAGUCAAUGACCCUCACUGUUCCUCAACAAAAUCUGACGCAGUGCCGGUCUUUCCUAUACGCAAAAAAGAUUCCCCAAUCUGUUGGUGAUGAUGAUGAUGCAGGUAAAUCAAAAGCAAGUCUGGAGGAGGAUGUGAUCCAGACUGUUGCGCUCCGUGUGGAUGAAGGACCCGAGCGGCCCAUGUCUGCAGCCAGUCAAAAAAGUAUAGUGGUGAAUGAGCGUCUGCAGGAGCUGGUCAAGCUGUUUAAAGAGCGAGCGGAUCGUGCGAAAGACAAACUGAUCGACCCGGAUGAGUCCGAUCAUGAGAGCCCAUCAGCAUCUCCAGCCAAAAAGGCAGAUGAAGCCCCACCUCCUUCACCACCUCCAGAGGAAAAGAAAGAUGAAGGUGCAGAAGAGGAGAAAGAAGAGGAGGUGCAAUUCUAUGAGUUUAUGGGUCACAAUUUUAAAGUUCCCCAGUUCAAAAUGCCUCAGAUUCCUGAUUGGCUAAGAGUCAUACUGGAGUACCGCUUCCCAUCCAGCAUUGACCAAUACACAGAUCUGAUCUAUGUAGUUUGGCUUUUCUUUGUGACGUUCGCUUGGAAUUGGAAUGUGUGGCUCAUCCCUGUGCGCUGGGCUUUCCCGUACCAGACACCUGACAACAUCCACUGGUGGCUUUUCAUGGAUUACUUCUGUGACACCAUUUACGUUCUGGACAUCCUGGUGUUUCAGCCCAGACUGCAGUUUGUGAGAGCAGGGGAUGUUGUGUGUGACAAAAAGGACAUGAGAGAGCACUACAUGCAAACUGAACGAUUUAAGAUGGAUGUGAUCAGUCUCUUUCCUCUGGAUUUACUGUACGUCUUCACGGGUGUCAAAUCAGUUCUGCGCUUUCCUCGCCUUCUUAAGUACCAUGCAUUCUUUGAGUUUAAUGAUCGUCUGGAAGCUGUGAUGAGCAAAGCUUAUAUUUAUAGAGUAAUCCGGACGAGCGCAUACCUGCUUUAUUCACUGCACUGUAAUGCCUGUAUUUUCUAUUGGGGGUCUGAUUAUGAAGGUUUGGGCUCCACCAAAUGGGUCUAUAAUGGCAAAGGAAACAGUUAUAUACGCUGUUAUUACUUCGCUGUGAAGACAUUGAUCACCAUUGGAGGUUUGCCUGAUCCCACAACCGUCUUCGAAAUCGUUUUCCAGCUUGUCAACUACUUUGUGGGAGUUUUUGCUUUCUCAAUCAUGAUUGGUCAGAUGCGAGAUGUUGUCGGAGCUGCCACAGCUGGUGAGGCGUACUACAGACACUGUGUGGACAGUACUGUAAAAUACAUGUCUUCCUACAAGAUCCCCCGCGAGGUCCAAAACCGUGUGAAGACCUGGUAUGACUACACCUGGAAGUCGCAAGGCAUGCUGGAUGAGCAGGAGUUACUCAUGCAGCUGCCCGAUAAGAUGCGUCUAGACAUCGCUGCAGAUGUCAACUACUCCAUAGUCAGUAAAGUAGCACUCUUUCAGGGUUGUGACAGACAGAUGAUAUUUGACAUGCUAAAGAGACUGAAGUCUGUGGUUUAUCUUCCAGAAGACUUUGUCUGUAAAAAGGGUGAGAUUGGCAGAGAGAUGUAUAUCAUCAAAGCUGGAGAGGUGCAGGUGGUAGGAGGGCCUGAUGGGAAGACUGUGUUUGUGACUUUAAGAGCUGGCUCUGUGUUUGGGGAAAUCAGUUUGCUUGCGGGUGGUGGUGGAAACAGACGAACGGCUAAUGUAAAAGCCCACGGUUUUGCUAACCUCUUCAUCCUGGAUAAGAAGGACCUUGCGGAAAUCUUAGUGCACUACCCCGAAUCUGAGAAGCUUCUGCGCAAGAAGGCCAAAAAGAUGCUGACCAAAGACAAGAAACCCACAGAAGAAAAGGUUAAGGAUACAGGCGAGGUCAUCCCUCCACGGCCAGAGACCCCUAAACUCUUCAAAGCUGCCUUGGAGGUUGCCAAAGGACAGACAUUCACCAAGCUGAAGGAGACUUAUAAAGGGGCAUCUCUGGAGCCAUCCACUCCUGCUUAUGGCAGCACUGCCACAGGUCCAAUUCCUCCUCCCUCCCCUAUCCACCGACGUUCACCGAUUCCUCGUUUUCAUGUGCCAGAUGAAGAUGACAUGGUAUCAGAGACGACAGACAGCACCGUGAUUAUCCGCAUGACUCCACGUGUUGAGGGAGAGGAGAUCCUCUCUGUGGAAGUCAGCCCAGCGGAGACAGUACAGCGGGGAGAGGAAGAACCAGGAAAAACUGAAAAGAAGUGAGAGUAAGGAAGAGGGCGAGAAAUGGAGGGAAAUGGUAGCAAGCCUAAGGCCCAUUUAUGCAACCCUCAUGUUCUUAUUUUCUAUCUGCCCCAAGUUUUUCACCAUUUGGGCUACAUGUGAACCUUUGGGGAACAUUUUAGGCAUCUCUAGCUUUUAUCGUAAAAAGUUCUAGUUCCUAGAAGUUCUCCAAAUGUUCUGCCAUCUCGGAUACUCCAUUAUUGCUGUUUGAAUAAUAAAUGAAAAGGUGAUUUGAAUUUCUAAGCCAAAAACGUUCCCCUAUGGUUAGACAAACAGAGACUGUAGUUCCACUUCAAACUCACACCACUUAUUUGAGGCAUGGUUGCUCUGUCUAGAUGCUCAAACAAACUGAAUAAUGUUGAAAGCUACACAGAGGAAGUAUAUUUAGUCUACUGUAAAUAGUUUAUAGUUGUCUUUGCAUGUUAAAAUGGGAUUGUAUUUUAACAUUUAAACUGCUUCAUCAAUUGGGAUCCUAAAAUCAGAUUAAGCCUUUGAAAGAUGUGUAAUGGAAAGUAACUCUGACUAUAUUCCACAACACAGGCUGAACAAACUCCAAGACUGCUGCGUCAGUGUCCUGUUUUUACAUUAGUGGAAUCCCUCUUUACACAAUCUUAUGUACCCACGAGCACUUUUAUUUUGCAGUGCAACUGCUUACUGUACAAUGUCCAUGUGUCCUUGGUCAGGCAUAUUUGUUUAUUAGUUGCACUUUGUUAUUGUUGGAGGAGCUUUGGUUUUGCAAUGAAGUGUUGCACUCCUUUCUCACGUGAAGAGAAUUUUAUGCAUUGUUAUAAAAUCAAGUAGUGUUAUAUGUCUUUCAUAUAUUGCUUCUAGGGAGCUGCACAAAUUUGUUAAGACCACUAAAACAUUCUGCAAUGAUUUGUGAAAGUACAUGAUUUAAUAUGUGAUGAAAGUAUGUGAAUGCAUGCUCCUCCUAUCUAAUCUACUGUGAAGGGCCCUUACCUCACAUGGCUCAUUUGAUAGCCUUCUGAUAUGUCCAGACAAUACUAAUCAAUUAGCAAUGAUUUUGACUGUUUCCAGGUCAGUUCAUGCUGAACUACCAGUGUGAAUGUGCUUCAAAUAAUCUAUAAAUGGAAAGUUACACAUACAUUUAGCUGCAGUGAGUGGAAAAUACACCACAAUGCUUUCAUCAUUCAGGUCAGGCUGCAAUUAUUUCUUCAGAAGAUAAAUAGAUAAAGG